AUUACAUUUCAAAUUAUUUUCGGCGCAGCAGAGAUAACAAUCCGAGGAAAGCAAACAAAAUUCCAAAAAAAAAAGAAAAAACAAAAAAAAAUAGUAGGCAAAAUUCCAAAUUACAAGCAAAGGAUGACGCAGAGGAUGCUAGGAGGAGUACAAGGGGCAGUGGCCAGGAGAGAUCUGCCGGAGAACUGGGAUGCGGAGAGGACGUCACGGUUUUUCGCAGAUUUGCAGGAGAAUGAGGUGCGGACAAUGCAUUAUCUGGGCCUGGCCUACUUGGUCCUCUCCCGGCGACCAAGGCUCCAGCUGAAGGUGCCACUCGCCACCAUGAACUAUGUUGAGGGCGGGUCCGCAUCCGGGAUCCGUGUAGGCUUUGCCCUUCAGUUGGUCUUCACCUGUCCGGCAAGAUAUCCGCUACAGGUGCCGGAGGUGGAGAUCGUCGAGAAGCGUAAUGUCAGCGAGUCCUUGGAGGAGGCGCUGCGCGUGGAGAUUGCCCAGACCCUGGAGCAGCACCUGGGCCUCCAGAUGAUGGUGCCAGUGAUCACGCGGCUGCAAAUGAUAAUGAACAGCGAGAUAGGAAGGUUUCCUCGUGUUCCUCCACGUGCGGCGAAUGUAAAUACGUGACUUUUGGCCUUGACA